AUGACUGAGUAUUCUAAGUUCACUGUGGCUCAAUUGAAAGAGAUCUUGACUCAGAGAAGUCUACCAUUGGAUGGUUUGAAAAAUGAUUUGGUUCAAAGGCUACUUAAAAACGAUGAAGAAACGACUAUUAAAAAAGAGGAAGAAUUAACAAAGGACGAGCAGCCAAUUGUGGAAGAAAAGAAGGAGGAAGAAGAGCAAAAGGAAAACGAUACAGAAACAACAACAGGAUCGGCCACUGUUGAGCCUACUGCUAGUGAAAAUACAAAACAAGAGAAAACAUCAAAUCCAGAACCAAAGAAACAAUUGACUGCAGAAGAGAUUACGAAGAUGGCAUUGGAGUUAUUAACUACAAAGUUACAUCGUGCCACUAAAUUCGGUGGAAAUGAAGAUGAGCUUGACUCAAUCAAAAGAUUAAUGAAUCGUGUCGAGAAAUUUGGUUUGGAUUUACAAAAUCCCCUAGCAGUUGAAUUAGGUCUCGUAAAACCCGUCGAAAAGAAGAAAGCAGUCGAAUCUAAUAAGAAGAUAGGCAAAAAAACUGCAGGUAAUAAUAAUAAAUUCCGCCAAAAUAAUGCUCACAGAUUUAGAGGUAAUGACAGAAGAGGAUCAAAUAGUAGCAGGAAUAAUAGAUUUAAUCGUAGAAACUGGUAA